AAAUGGAAAAUAGUACUGAUGUGAGGAAAGGUGCAUGGACCAAAGAGGAAGAUGCUCUUCUCAGAGACUGCGUUCAUAAAUAUGGAGAGGGGAAAUGGCAUCUCGUCCCUCUCAGAGCUGGGUUGAAGAGAUGUAGGAAGAGUUGCAGGCUGAGAUGGCUCAACUAUCUCAGACCUAAUAUCAACAGAGGCUUCUUUACUAAAGAUGAAAUCGAUCUCAUCGUCAGGCUUCAUAAAUUGUUAGGAAACAGAUGGUCGUUGAUCGCCGGCAGACUUCCUAGACGUACGGCAAACGACGUUAAGAACUUGUGGAACAGCCAUAUCUUGAAGCGCCCACUGGAGAGGGGAGAAAAAUCCAUCACCAAGAGCAACAUCGUACGACCUCAGCCUCAGACCUUCUCCAACUCACGACCACCAGUUUGGUCCACUCAACUAACCAGAUCUUCAUCGAUCAUGAAACCCACAAGCCACGAUCCAACGAGGUUGGUAGCAGAGGCGAAUGAUGGGACCAACAGUGUUGAGAAUCCCAACAUGGAGCGACGUUCCUUGCUGCUGGAGGAGGAUCAAGGCGAAUGCAUGAGGUGGUGGGAACACUUGUUCAAGAUGACUGAAAACGCCGAUCAAGAUAGACUGUGUAGUGGCUUAUCAUUUGAUGCUGAUAUGGUUUGGAACUUGGGCAAUCCGUAGACCAAUCACUCAUAAUAUUGAUAUGGAUAUCGAUUCAUCUUCUAUGUUGUUUUCCUUGUAAUUUUCCGGAGUAUAUUAUUACUUAAUAUUUUCUCCGUCCCA